AAGCUAGUUGUACUUUCCACAGAAGACCAUACUAAAGCACAUUGCCAAGCGUAUAUAGUUCCGUGGCCACAGCACAAUUAUCAACAACCUCUUUGAUCUAUUGUGACCAGAGGAGUUGUUAGAGGUGCGAGAUGGGGUCUUCAGGGAGAGCUUGCUGCUCGAUUUUGAUGCUGAUGGUGCUGCUGGCUGUGCCAGCUCUUGCGGGAAAAAGUUGUAAUUCUAAGAGAGUGGAGCAUACGGCCACAUUUCUCUCCCCUGGCAUGAAGUUCCGUCCCGGCGAUGUGAAGAUCAAGUACUUCAACGUUGAUGCACCAGCAGAAUAUUUCGCUACUGUGGAUUUCAAUGCGGAGCUCGUGUGGGAGAAUGGAGAGCCGGUCCUGCAAUCGGACAUGUACCUCCACCACUGGAGUAUGUUAGAAUAUGCAAUUCCUGCGGGCGCUGCGAAGCUUGUUGGGAACGAGUUGCUAGAGGAGGUGAAGAGGAGUCCACCUCACGUGUACCACAGAAAACCUUGGGAUGGGGUGGGGCGAGAGUUGAAGCAAGCAUGGGCGAUGGGAGGUGAAAGCCGUCAUCUCAACUUCGCCAUGCCUGCUCCAUACGGGCUAGAAUGCGGUGGCGAUGGCAUCAGCACCCAAUGGGUGUUGAACGUGCACGGGGUCGACAUACGUGGUGCAGUACACAAGACAGGGUGCUACGAGUGCCAGUGUAAUUCUUUCACCGGUUACGACGCCAAUUUGCCAGAUGGUUACUUAGGGGGAAUGAAAUGCUGCCCCGAUGGAGCUAGGUGCUUGCUCAGGGACGACUUUAAUGGUGAUGAUGCAUUGAUGGAACGGACGGUGCAUUUGAAGUACACUUGGACAUAUACAGCACUCGACGAGUGUGUUGUCCCACUUCAGCAUGUCGGUUUGGAUGUCCUUGGAGACGAUGCAAACACAAUAGAAUACACCAUCGAAGGUCAUUGCAAUGCCGAGGAUUUCCUCAAGCCAGAAUGUGUGGAUGUUCGCGAGUCAAUCAUCGAAGCUGAGCAUGGGGGCGACGUGGUCUACGUGGUCGCGCACUUGCACACCUACAGUCUGGGCUCAACGCUGUGGGGUGAAGACGGCCGCCUGAUCUGUCGCUCCGACCCCGUCUACGGUGAAGGAAACACAGCAGGUAAUGAAAGCGGUUACGUCGUCUCAAUCCAGCACUGCAAUCCUGCUCUCAUGGCCGGAGAGUUCGGGAAGAUAGCCAAGGGUGAGAAGCUCCGGUUCCAAGUGAGGUACUCAAAGGUGGAUGGUCCUCACACCGGAGUGAUGGGUGUUGCGUUCAUGAAAGUCGCGGAGACCCAACUUGGCAAUCCUGCUGCAAUCCGCAGCAUUACAAACUUGAGGAUCUAGAGCUGAUCUCCGGCGUGUUCUGUUCGCAGAAGAUUGAAUCUAGUAGUUUUGAAAGAAGUGAUGUGGAAACCAGGUUGCUAUUGUACAGUGUGUUGUACAGUGUGUUGCAUAGUUAAGAGGUCCUAGAUCGGUGUGGCAUGUGUGUGUGUGAGAUAGAACUUGUAGUGUUGUGUUUCAGUAUGUUGAUGCGUAAGCUGCUCAGAGUUUCAAGGAGCCCUGACACCGCUAAAUACAGAAUCGAUGUAUUGCAUCAGAAAAUGAAAAAAAAUUGCGUGGUUGAAAGGAUGGCACAAUCUCCAUGAGCUAUUGUAUGCUCAUUAUCUGUAA